AUGACAAAUGUGAAUGCCCAAAACAUAUUCGAGAUUCUGGAUAAAGUCAAUUACAAGGAUUGGAAACGAAAGCGUCAGAAGACCAUAUCCAUAUUUGGAAAAUCUCUUCUAGCGCUUAGCGACAAUGAAAUCUCUAAUACUUUUAAUUUACUAGAAGAAAAGAUUAAAAGUAUUGGAAACCAAUCCGAAAUAGACUUAUCACGCUGUUUAUUAACAAUUUCUGUUAUUCAUUACUUUAGAAGAUCAAUAGAACAUUUAAAUUUGUAUUUUCCUACAGUAAUCAAAUGGGCAAACACAAAAAAUAUUAAUAUUGCACAAAUGUUUGCCAAAUUUUUCUAUUACAUCAUCAUAGAUACUGAAAAUUUUCAACAAUUUUUAUCUCAAAUCCUCAGCCUCGUUAAUGACAUGCUUUCUCCUGAAAAUAAAGAUAUGUACUAUAUUAAUGCUUUUCUAAUUUUGUAUCAGCUUGCUAAAAUUGACUCAAUAAACAUCUUAAAUGUUACAAUUAAGCAUAUGCAAGAUAUAACAACCGCUGUUUGCUCCAACAACAAAGUUUUGCGUCUAGUUGGUGAGAAACUAUUUAAAAUACACUUAAGAAUGCUUCCUGAUGAGAUUUCUUCAAGAUUUGCAACAGAUAAGUUUAAUUUAUGCAUACAAAUGCUCAAACAAUGGAAGAACAGACAAUCCAUAGUACCUGUAUUACUUGGACAUGCUCUUUUCAAGUCAGUUCCCAGUCCUUUGUCAGCAGAUUCUGUUUUUGAAGUUUUAUACGAUAUUUUGCCAAAUAUCAACUUCGAAACACAAAUAUACUGGUACAAGUUCAUCAAAACAAUCGCAAAAGCAAAGUAUAACCAGUUUUCUCCAGAAAUUACAAAAUUUAUUUUGGAUAAUUUAAAAAAUUCAAUGGAAAACAUACAGUUUAUGCACAUAUAUCUUAAAGUACUACGUGUUCUUGUGCAUAAACUAAGCGAAAGUGUGUUAAUUUACAAUAAAAUUGUUGAUAUUUUAAUAUCCGUUCUCCAAAACCAAGAAUUAAGGGUAGAAUACUAUUUAGUAUACGAUAUUGCCGAAAAACUACUUGUAAAGUUCCCAAAUCAUGAGUUAGAUUACAUUUUUUUCAUAAAUCCGCAACCGACAACUCAAUUUAUCAAUUUAUUGAAGCUACAGCCGAAAGUAUUCACUAGUAUGACUGAUAUUCUUAGAUCAUGGAUCAUUCUAGGUAUGUCUACUGAGAAUUCCUCAGAAGAUUCAACAAUUUUGGCAAUUCACAUUUUAUUGAAUUUCGGAAUCGCUCUAUUUCCAAAUAUACAAGGAGUUCUGGACCAGAUAAUGCUUAUAGGAAGGUCUCUUAAUGAUAAAGUGAGAAUGCAAGCGAUAAACGCGAUAUAUCUUUUGGAUCCUAAGCAUUCUUCAAGAUUUAUCCUUCAGUUCGCUUUGUAUGAUCCUUCUAAGGACAUAAGACUACAGGCUGUUCGCUAUUUGAAGCCAGAAGACUUUGACGACGUAAAUCAAAUUAUUUGUUUACUUUCUGAUCGUUCUUUGAACGUUUGCGUCGAAUCACUGCCUUUGAUAUCGAGUGUAUAUAAUAAUAACCCGAUUCUUUUCGAAUCAGAAAUCUUUAAUUUUAUUAAUAAUUAUAUUACAACUUACAUGCCAUUAUUGGAUUUCCAGAAGCUUGCAAAAGCUUGCAAACAGCUUCCACACUUAGUAUCUAACUUCAAAUCCAUUUGUUCUCCGAUUGCUCCAAAAAUAAUAUGGUUGUGCACUUCAAUUCUCCUUGGUAACACAAAAAUAGCCGAUUUCACACAGAUUGAGCAUGAUUUGGACACAAAAUUGUUCAAUCCUGAUGAUUUAAACAAAUAUCAGAUCCCAGAUGCUUCUUUUUGCACAGAUAUCCUUGACAAAGGUACUUACUGGCAUCAGGCGUUCAUUAUUACUCACGGAAAGCGAAUUGACAGUCGAAAUACUUCAUUAUUUGACACUUUAUCUGUUUUAUCAGAUUUUGCAGUUCCAUUUAUACUACAGAUAUAUCCAAUAUUCCAGAAAUAUUUCAAUUCAUCGCAUUCCCCUUCACUUUACAUUUCAGCCUUAAAAUGUCUGAAAUCCAUGACAAUUUCAAUGGAAUGCAAGUUCAAAUUCACAACAUUAUUCCCAGAUCUGCUUCCUUCUCUCCUUAAUCUCAUUGCUUCUUCGAAUAAUGACGAAGUUGCAACUUUAAUCUUAAAAGUUAUUGGAACAAUAGGUACUCCAGACACUAUACCAAUGCAAAACUUCCUCGGAAAGCAGCAGCCAAGUAGCCAACUCCAUAUGACUCACCCUUCUUUCUUUGCCGAUUUCACUUUGAAUUCAUUGGUGUCACUUUUAUCGAAGUCACAGUCUUUGUCAGUUUUUCAGGCCAUUACGAGUAUUUUGGCAAAUAGCACAAACUACUUAAUGAAAUACUUAGAAACUAUUUUAAGUGAAUUUCGGAGUGCUUUAGAGGCAGAUUUAGAUUCUCACAAUUUAUUCCAACAGUUAGAGAUCGUUGUAUACUCCUGUGGAUGGAAUACUGCUCCUUACAUUGACCAAUUCAUAGAAAUCUGCAAGAAACACCUUCUUGAAAUAGAUUGUUUGAAUUUAUGCAUAACAAUCAGUUUCCAGUUGAGAUCUGGCUCUGUUAACUUCUGCUCAUCACUAUUUCCUUCGGUUUUGGCUCAACUAAAUAACCAAAACAUUGAAAUCAUUAAAAAAUUAUUGAAAUUUGCCACAUUCUGCACAUUAUUCCAAAGACAAUCCAUCCAAGCUUUGGUUUCAUCAAUAACAAAGAACUUCUUCUCACAAACAAACCCUUCUACCAAACAGAGAACGAAACCCGCAAUUAAAUAUUUAACAAUGAUAAUACAGCAUUAUACAAUGCAUAAUUGCGGUGUACAAAUUGCAAAUAUAGCAUUCAGACAACUCAAACAUUCACAAGCCCAAGAAGUUUUGCAAUUAAUUUUGAAUUUAUGUCUGUUUGCGGAUUUGGAUAUAGAAUAUGUUGAAAAGGAAGCUUUAAAUUGCGGAGUGACCAUUCCUCACCUUAUCGAUGUCAAAAAAUUGGUUGAAUUAAGUCAUCCAAUCAUAGAACAGGUUUUAUUCGUACAAAACUUCGAACCACAUAUAAAAGUAAGUCGAAUAAAAUCAAACAUCAUCACUUCACCAGAUAUCAAAGUCAAUAUCUUUGAAAAUCUCAAAACUCCUUAUUAUAAUCAAAUGGAAAAGUGGCUAAACGAGAUGGAAUAUCCAGCAAUAACCAAUUCUCCGAACGUUUCCAUCAGAACUUGCUCUUUCCUCCUUAAUCAAUACAAAGAUUUUCAACAUGACCUGUUUCCCGUUGCUUUUCUGACUUGUUGGAUCAACGAACCAUUAGAAAGUCGUAAGAAAUUCAGUGAAAUCAUUGAACAAUCAUUGAUAAAAUUCGAUUCUUCCAAUAUCGGAAAAACUUUAUCACAAUUGGUUACAGUUUUAGACAGAUAUGGGAUGCCAUUCCUUAUUCCAGACUCAAUUCUGUCAACUGCAUCCAAUUCCGCUGCUUUAAGUCUGUAUCAAAUCGAAAGAUCACUGAUUUCUAACAGAAAACAAGCAACAAUGACCAAUAUUGAGCGUCUUUUAUCAUUUAAUACAAGGAUAGGACGAAUAGAAACAGCCAGAUCCCUUCUAAACAAGCAUCAAAUCAACGAAUCAGGGAAAUGGCUUGAAAAACUCGGCGAAUGGGAGAAAGCUCUUAAUGUUCACCUGAAAUCCAAUACUCCCAAGACAGAUUCAUUAGUCAGAUGCUAUGCAAACCUCGAACAAUGGGAGAAAGUCCGACAAUUAAACAUUUCUUUCGAAAAAAUGACGAGAGAAGAGAAAGUUGCAAGGAGCAAAUGGUUUGCUUACGCAUAUCUCCAUUCAAAGGAUAUCGAAAUAAGCAAGAAAUACAUAGAAUACGUCGAUAAAAACGAUGAUAUUUUAUCGAUCAUUAUUUUGUCACUUUUUUACAUUUCUUGUGAAGAUUACAAAACCGCCGAAAUGACGAUAGAAAGAGGAUUUCGGACAUUGAUCAAAGACAAGUCUAUUUAUAAUGGUACUGACAUAAAUAUGGCACAUAAAUAUUUAAUUGCCAGUCAACAUUUUGUUGAAUUAUAUGAAUGUAUUUUAUUCAAAGAAAAAAAGUCACAAAAAGUUCCGAAAAUAUGGAGUAACAGAUUGGAGAAUUACACAGAAGAUAGUGAUGCAUGGAAGAAGCUGAUAGAUAUCAGAUUACUCGUUUUAAGACCAGAAGAUAAUGUAGAAAGUUGCAGAAAAAUGAUUUCUGUGCUGAGAAAAGAGAGAAAAUGGAGAAUGAUCGAUUCUUAUUUGAGGAGAUUGGAAUCUGUGUAUAAUUUCCCUAUAAUUAUACUCGAAAGAAUCAAAAUCAACUGGUUGAAAGGAGAAAAAACGAAAUCUCUAAAACAAAUCGACCAUUUUUCAAAGAUUUUGUCAUUAAAAUCUCAAGAAGAGUUCUUACAAAGCAUAAACGAAGAACUUGAUGAUGAAAAUCUCCAAAUCCAGUUCCUUUUGAACUUUUCAAAUCAAAAAACUUCUCAAAAUUUGCAAAAUUACCAAACUUUACAAACUUUACAAAAUAAUUUACAAAAUUUACCAAAAAAUUUACAAACUUUACAAAACUUCUCAAUUCAAAAUUACCAAAAUUUUCUGAAGAAUUGGGAUAUUGAUGACAUUUUUAGGUGUAAAGUAUUGAGAUUAUCUGCGAAUUGGAGAUAUAAUCUGUAUAAAUCUAAUUCUAAUGAGAUAAAUUUGAAAGAAGUGAUUGAUUUGUUCGAAAAAUGCGUUAGUUUGAAUGAGAAAGACUAUUUGAGCUGGGCAGGAUUAGCUUAUUCGUGUUCAAGGUUCCUUUCUCACGAAACUAACGAAAUUCGACAGAAUUACGCAAUAAUUGCGAUAAAAGGCUUCUUAAAAGCCUCCAAACUUAAUCCAAGUUCAUCAUUACAAUACUUAUGCCAAGUAUUCUCCAUAUUUGUCCAGUAUUUUGAGUCUUUUCCUUUACCUGAUGAAAUCAAAAACGAAUUACUUUCUUUAGAUUCAUCAAUGGUCUUCAAAAUCAUUCCACAGAUCAUUGUACACGUAACAAACUCUUCUACAAUCGUUAGAUCAAUUGUUGAAGAGAUAAUUACGAAAUUUUCCCAGAAUAACUUCGAAGCAGUUGUUUAUCCUCUUUCCGUCAUUUCCAAAGACAAAAGCAACGAAAAAUCUUUGAUUGCGUCUGAAGUGAUGACAAAACUUUCUUUCCCUCAUUCACUUCAAUACAAAGAUUUCAGUUUAUUCAUUGACGGAAUGAUUAAAUCAGCUGUUUGCUGGUGCGAGCGAUGGAUUAACUCUUUAAAUAGUUUAAGUUCUAUCAAAAACAUCGACGAGAUUCUAAAAAACAUCGGAAACAUGUUUAAUGAGUCAAAUGAUGAAUUGUGUGAAUUUGACAAAUCUCUCAAAAAUUUUCAUAAGAAAUUGAUAGAGAGAAGUCAGUUGUUUUACCAGCAAUUGAUGAAAGGAGACAAGUCAUAUAUGAAUCCUUUAUGGGAGAUGCUCCAAAACUUAAUGAAAGACAUACAAAUGAAGAUGAAUGAAAUUGAUGCAAUUUAUUUGUCAAAAAUUUCUGAAGAAUUGGCAGAAAAAUUCAAUUUUUUGAUUUCUGUUCCAGGAACAUACAAAAUACAGAAGAAUUUGCUGUAUUUGUAUCAUAUCGAAGAGAGAUUAGAGUUGUUUAAUACUCUAACACAUCCAAGGCUGCUAAUUGUUGUUGAUAAUCAAGGAAAUCGUCAUAAAUUCUUAUUGAAAGGAAAUGAAGAUUUGAGAUUAGAUCAAAGAAUUAUGCAGUUGUUUUCUUUGGUAAAUUCUUUGAUAAAAACAAAUAGAUCAACAAGAGCUCAUAAUGUAAAUAUAUCUAUGUAUGAUGUAGUACCUUUUGCACCGAAUACAGGUUUGAUUUCUUGGGUAAAUGGAGCUGAUACAGUUCUUCAAAUCGUAAAUGAUUUUAGAACAUUAAAAAACCGUCAAAAUUCAAUAGAAAAAACAGUUUUUCAUGAAUAUACAUCAUUAAGGAAUAAUACAUUGAAUGGAUUGCAGUUAUUAGAGAUACAUGAUGAGAUAUGCCGCAAAACGAAUGCUGAUGAAUUAAGAGAAUCUUUUUGGGUUUGGUCUGAUUUUCCAAGUACAUGGGUACAAAUAACGAGGAAUUUCACUCUUUCGACUGCUUUGAUGAGUGUUGAAGGUUAUAUCAUUGGAUUAGGUGACAGACACCUUAGGAAUAUAAUGGUUCAACAACAUACAGGUACAGUUAUUCACAUAGAUUUCGGAGAAUGCUUCGAAUCUGCAUCAAAUAGAAUUUUGUUCCCAGAAAAAGUUCCAUUUAGAAUGACUCGACUUUUCCAGAAUGCUUUGGAAGGAGGAAAUGUUGAUGGAAUAUUUAGAAUUGCAUGCGAAGACUAUAUGUAUUUAAUGAGAGAAAAUGUUUCUCCUGUUAUUGCAAUGCUCGAAGUUUUUGUUCAUGAACCAAUCUUUUCAUCGAAAUCUCAGUUCAAAAAUCAUCAUUCUAUUUUAACAAGAGUUUCGCAGAAGAUUUUAGGAACUGAUUCAGAAUAUGGAGGAGACGAAACAAAAGAAAUGGAAGUUCCACAACAUGUAGCUAAUUUAAUAAAAGCAGCAACGGAUAGAAGUAGAUAUUGUAGACAUUACCAAGGUUGGCAGCCUUAUCUAUAA